CUGCAUGACCAUAACCAAAGGGUGACCCAUCCACUCCCUUGUGUCCUAUGGGGACCUCAGAGCCAGUUUCUCAGUCUUCAUCUCCUCCUCCUCCACCGCCUCCUCCUCCUCUUACCACUGCUGCUGAUGCCCUGGGUGCUGCUCCCAGGUUUGAGACAUUGUUGACAGGCUGAAGAAAGCAUUUGCAAAGACCUCCUCACUGUGUAAAUGAAGUGAUGGCUGGAAUUAACUUCAGCUCUCCAAGAAAUGACAUUAAACAGUAAGUGUGCUAGGCCAAAGCAUUACCAGGAACAAAUAAUGAGGAAAGAGACUAUUUGCAUUUGGUUUCAAUGAUGAGCUAAAACCAUCUGCAAACAGGUACCCUUUGGUUUGCUUUUUUUUUUUUUUUUUUUCCUGAGGAAUGAAGCCUUUAUAGCCUUCGAGGCAGUCAUGAUUCUGAUCAGGUACAGCUGUGAUGGCUCCAGGAGAUAAAUGAAAAUAAAGGGGCUUGGUGGAUGGAAGAACAAGGUCUCAGCUGUUCUCUGGUCCAAUCUUAGAAUUUCAUCUUUUCUCAUUAGCAAAGCAGUAGUUUGUGUCAAACCUUCUGGAGAACAGGAAAAUGCGUCUCUGUGGCUUUCCAAAGUACAGGUUCAGUGCCACGUUGCCCCGCUCGACGCGCAGGGGACCGUCCUCCGAACGUAGAUGGCUUUGAGCUUCCCGGCUGCGAAAGUCACAGCCACGCUGUAAAUAGCACAAAACCUCAUCAGGGCAAGCGCCCACAAACCAAAACAGGAGUUGCAAGAUGGAGGUCGCCAUGGUGAGUGCGGACAGCUCCGGCUGCAACACCCACAUGCCCUACGGAUACGCGGCCCAGGCGCGGGCCCGCGAGCGGGAGCGGCUGGCCCAGUCCCGGGCGGCGGCAGCGGCGGCCGUGGCGGCGGCCCCGGCGGCGGUGGAAGGUGGGGCGGCGGGCGGAGGGGGACCUUACCACCACUACCACCAGGAGCAGGCCCGCGGGGCCUCCUCCUCGUGCUCCGGCGGCCUGCCCCGCCGGCAGAGCGGCAAGAGGAGGAAGAAGGGCAAGAAGAGGAGCCACCACCUGGGCAGCAGGGAGUGCGGGGCCUCCUUCCCCUGCUCCGAGCUGCUGCCGCUCAGUGGUUCCGAGGAGAGAAUACUGAAGGACUUGAGUGAGGAGGAGGAGGAGGAUGAAGACGAGGAUGAAGACGACGAGGAGGAAGGGAAGCUCUACUACAGCGAUGACUAUGGGGAGGAUGAGUUUUCAUACUCGGACCAGCCGCCCGAUGAUGGCGGAGGCCCCGGGGGUUACAGCUCCGUCCGCUACAGCGAGUACGAGUGCUGCGAGCGCGUGGUGAUCAACGUGUCGGGGCUGCGCUUCGAGACCCAGCUGAAGACCUUAGCUCAGUUCCCGGAGACGCUGCUGGGGGAUCCAGCCAAGCGGGGCAGGUACUUCGAUCCUCUCAGGAACGAGUACUUCUUCGACAGGAACCGGCCCAGCUUUGACGCCAUCCUGUACUACUACCAGAGCGGUGGCCGGCUGAAGAGGCCUGUCAAUGUGCCCUUUGACAUCUUCUCUGAGGAGGUGAAGUUCUACCAGCUUGGGGAGGAGGCCAUGCUCAAGUUCAGGGAGGAUGAAGGUUUUGUCAAAGAGGAAGAGGAAAAGGUUUUGCCGGAGAAUGAGUUUAAGAGGCAGGUUUGGCUGCUGUUUGAGUACCCGGAAAGCUCCAGUCCAGCCAGAGGCAUCGCCAUUGUCUCUGUCUUGGUCAUCUUGAUCUCCAUCGUCAUCUUUUGUCUGGAGACUUUACCAGAGUUCAGAGAUGACAAGGAAUUCGUCAUGUCCCUGAGCUUAGGGAAGGGACUUUCCAACGAGUCUCUCCGCCUGGACGCCGGGGAGCACACCAUCUUCAAUGACCCUUUUUUCAUUGUAGAGACCGUGUGCAUCAUCUGGUUCUCCUUUGAGUUUACAGUGCGCUGCUUUGCGUGUCCCAGCAAAGCACACUUCUUCAAGAACGUCAUGAACAUCAUAGACAUUGUGUCCAUCUUGCCUUACUUCAUCACCCUGGGCACGGACCUGGCACAGGAGCAGGGCAGCCAGCAGGCCAUGUCCUUUGCCAUCCUGAGGAUCAUCCGUCUGGUCAGGGUGUUUCGCAUCUUCAAGCUCUCCAGGCACUCCAAGGGUUUGCAGAUCCUGGGUCACACGCUCAGGGCCAGCAUGAGGGAACUUGGCCUCCUCAUCUUCUUCCUUUUUAUUGGAGUCAUUUUGUUUUCCAGUGCUGUUUACUUUGCAGAAGCUGACGAGCCUGCCACCCAUUUUCAAAGCAUCCCAGAUGCCUUUUGGUGGGCCGUAGUGACCAUGACUACGGUCGGUUAUGGGGACAUGAAACCCAUAACCGUGGGUGGGAAGAUAGUCGGGUCCCUGUGUGCCAUUGCAGGAGUGUUAACCAUUGCUUUACCAGUGCCAGUGAUUGUCUCCAAUUUUAACUAUUUCUACCACAGAGAAACUGAGAACGAAGAGCACACGCAGAUGAUGCAAAAUGCUGUCAGCUGCCCUUACCUCCCUACAAAUUUACUGAAGAAAUUUAGGAGUGCAUCAUCUUCAUCCACAGAGGAUAAAUCAGAGUAUUUGGAGAUGGAAGAAGGAGUUAAGGAAUCUCUUUGUGUAAAGGAGACUAAAAGUCAGGACACGGGGAAUAGCAGUGAGUCAGAGAAGAAAAACUGUGUAAAUUCAAAUUCUGUGGAAACUGAUGUGUAGUUUUGAGUGUUUCCAAAUAUAUUUAUGCAUUAAAGAGUGCAGUGAAAAUAACGAAAUAUGCAAACAAGAGUCUGCAGCAUACAGUAGUAUGCCAUUUAAUGGUUAAAUACAAAUAAAAAGCAUUGCUGAACAUGUAUUACAUAUCAAGUAAGUGGUACAACUUGAGGAAAGGGUUGCUAGAUCUGAAAAAAUUUCAGACUUUAUAUUUUUAUUAGAAUGCAAGUGUUUUGCACAUGAGGCUGAAAAAUUUAUUAAAACCAAGUCAGUUUUAAAGUGGGUGCAUGAACUGUCGACAUCACUAAUAACAGCUCUGUGGUAAAAGUUGGCAUUCAGAGGUAUUUACUAUGUAAGAAACAAUGAAGUUUGGUAGUCAUUUAUCUAUUUAUCAGUGCUUUAAUAGCAGCUACCAUAAAUCAUUGGAUACCAUAGUCAUUGUUUUUCAAAUGGUAAAUUUAUUGUAAAAAGAUAUUCUACAGAAGAUAGAUCUAAAUUUUUUUUUUUUUUAAAUCUAUAAUGCUUGUUUUUAACUGGAAAU